AUGUCACACAACCAAGUCAGUUUGCACUGCAAUUCAAAGCAUGAAUCAUCCGCUUCUCAUGAUGGCAAAAACCAGAUUGGCGUCCUUGCGCCUCCGAGAUUUCACCACCUGUUCUCGACUAUUACAUACAAGCUAUACAUCCUGGACCGCUUUUUAAACUAUUGA